AUGGCGGCCGCGGCGGUUGCAGCUUCGGGCCGGUUCCGGCGCCAGCUGAUGCGCAGACUUUUGGCUCCCACUCAGCCAAUUCUCAGAUUUGACCCUCGUCUCAUGGGCUCUUCUGCACAUGGUGAGACUUCUAAAGCAGACCCUAAGGAGACCCCGGACCACAACUAUGAGUCUCUUCGGGUGACAUCUGGCCCAGGACACGUUCUGCAUGUGCAGCUAAACCGACCCGACAAGAGGAACGCCAUGAACAGGGCCUUCUGGAGCGAGAUGGUGGAGUGCUUCAACAAGAUAGCAAAGGACAGCAACUGCCGCGCCGUGGUGAUCUCUGGUGCGGGAAAAAUGUUCACUUCAGGUAUUGACCUUGUAGACAUGGCUUCAGAUCUCCUGCAGCCCCAAGGAGAUGACGUGGCUCGCAUAAGCUGGUACCUCCGUAACCUCAUCACCAAAUACCAGGAGACUUUCAGCGUCAUCGAGAAGUGCCCCAAGCCUGUGAUUGCAGCCAUCCACGGGGGCUGCAUCGGCGGAGGCGUGGACCUUGUCACUGCCUGCGACAUCCGAUACUGUUCCCAAGAUGCAUUCUUCCAGGUGAAGGAGGUGGACGUUGGUCUGGCUGCGGAUGUGGGAACACUGCAGCGACUGCCCCGGGUCAUCGGGAAUCAGAGCCUGGUCAACGAGCUGGCCUUCACCGCCCGCAAGAUGAUGGCUGACGAGUCCCUGAGCAGCGGGCUAGUCAGUCGUGUGUUCCCAAACAAGGAGGCCAUGCUUGAUGCAGCCUUUGCGCUAGCAGCUGAGAUUUCCAGCAAGAGCCCAGUUGCUGUGCAGAGCACAAAAGUCAACCUGCUGUACUCCCGAGACCAUUCGGUGGCUGAAAGCCUCAAUUUCAUGAGCUCCUGGAACAUGAGCAUGCUGCAAACCCAGGACAUCAUGAAGUCUGUCCAGGCUGUGAUGGAGAAGAAGGAACUGAAAACCGUCAACUUCUCUAAGCUCUGA